AUGUCCACACACUUCUCGGCAUACGCCGCAAAGGACGAGGUACCAACGUGGAUGGAGGCUUGCCUCGAGUUGAAACUCCUUUUUCGGCUCGAAGCCCGAACUCAACAGACGCUUUUUCCUUACGCCAGUGCUAGUUGCUGGGUGAUUGUGGAGCUUCAACGUUUGCCGAAGCCCGUUUCUUGCAGCAAAUGUAGUCUUGCUGAAGAAAGCAGCAAUCCUGAGUGUUUUAUUACUAUUUUUCGUCAGCUUAUGUUUGCCAAACUUUAA